AUGGGUUGCCGAAUGUUCUUAAGGAAGUGGACUUCUUUGCAUUGUUUUCCUUUUAAUUAUCAUAAGUUCCAGAAUAAUACUAAAAAUUUGAAAUAUGUUCGGAUUGGUAUUGUUACAGCUGUUAUGAUUUGUAAUACAGUAGGAUUAACUGUUUUAGCAGCAACAAAUGUAUUAGAUGUUACAAAAUUUAUGGCUGAACCCAUUACUAAUAUUAAUGAACUAAAGAAAAAAAAUAAUAUGAGGAAAAAAAUGGAGCUAUUAGUAAUGAAAACUCAAGGAGACUUUUGCAAAGCAUUAGAAUCCUUAGAAGAUUCAGCUUGUCAUUUCAAAAUUGAUAGAUGGACCAGAGAAGAAGGUGGUGGAGGAAUUACAUGUGUUUUACAAGAUGGAACUGUGUUUGAAAAGGCUGGUGUAAAUGUGUCCGUUGUUACUGGUACAUUACCACCAAGUGCUACACAACAGAUGAGAGCACGUGGUAAAAAGAUGCAAGAAGGACCUGUACCAUUCUUUGCAGCUGGUGUGAGCGCAGUAAUUCAUCCCCGUAGUCCUAUGAUUCCAACUAUACAUUUUAAUUAUCGUUACUUUGAAAUUGAAAAUCAAGAUGGUACAAUUCAAUGGUGGUUUGGAGGUGGUACUGAUUUAACACCUUAUUAUUUAAAUGAAGAUGAUGUGAAACAUUUCCAUAGUACUUUGAAAACUGCAUGUGAUAAACAUAGUCUAUCUUAUUAUACAAAAUACAAAAAAUGGUGCGAUGAUUAUUUUUUCAUUACACAUAGAGGAGAGUGUAGAGGUGUAGGUGGUAUCUUUUUCGAUGAUCUUGAUGAGCCAAAUCAAAGUGAUGCUUUUGAAUUUGUAAAAUCUUGCACAGAGGCUGUAAUUCCUUCUUACAUACCAUUAGUUGAAAAGCACAAAGAUGAUGCAUAUGGAUAUUCUGAAAGGCAAUGGCAACUAUUACGUAGAGGAAGAUAUGUAGAAUUUAAUUUAAUAUAUGAUCGUGGCACAAAAUUUGGGUUAUAUACUCCUGGUGCACGAUAUGAAAGUAUAUUAAUGUCUCUACCUUUAUCUGCAAAGUGGCAAUAUAUGCAUGAACCAGAACCUGGAUCAAAAGAAGCAAUACUUACUGAAGUACUAAAAUGUCCUAAAAAUUGGUUAAAUUUGUAAAAAUAAAGUGAUA